AUGUGCGAAAAUUAUUGUAGAAUGCAGCUUUUAUAUCAGUUGAAGCAAAAAAAAAGUUUAGAAUAGAAUUAACCUUCCAUUUUAUAUUAGAAAAUAUCUUCUAUAGUGAAGAAAGCAAAAUAGCAGGCUUAGAAGUCUCUUGGAGAGACACAAAUUUAAGCAGUAUUUAAUGAAACAAGGUUCUAAUCUUCAAAUAGAUAACCGUUUUAUAAGCAAAACAAAUUGAAGGAGAUUAAAUAUCAAAUUAGUCAUUUAAAGACUGAGUAAAAGUCUAUAAACUUUGAUUUCAAUUAAAAUGUAUCGAGAAGGUAUGCUAAGUCAAUCACAGUGCAAAGAGAGGAACUUCAAAAUGAGCAGCAAUAUUAUUAAUCCCCUUAAAAUUAUCGUUAUGCAUAAUUUAAUAAUUAUCCAAAGAAGGUGAUAAUCUUUUCAUAAAGAGCUACGCCUCAAAGAAAAAAUUUAAAUAUAGGAUUAAAUUUAGAUACGUUGAGAAGUUGGAGGAGGAAUAGUUAAGAUAGUUCUAAAUGA